UACACACCUGCUAUAUAAGCAGGACAACUCUCCUCAGAAAUACACUCGUGGUCCAUUGUGUGUGGUGUAAGCAAAAUCCAAGCAACAUGUCUGGUCGUGGAAAGAAAAUUGUGGCAGCUGCUAAGAGCAAGUCCUCCGUGUCCAAGUCUACACGUGCCGGGCUUCAGUUUCCAGUCGGCCGCAUUGCACGUCUUCUAAGAAAAGGCAACUAUGCGCACCGAAUCGGUUCUGGUGCUGCUGUUUACCUCACUGCGGUCCUGGAGUACUUGUGUGCAGAGGUGCUGGAACUGGCUGGAAAUGCCAGCAGAGACAACAAGAAGCUGCGAAUUGCUCCACGUCACAUCCAGCUGGCUGUAAGGAACGAUGAGGAGCUGAAUACCCUGCUGGGAGGGGUCACCAUCAGUGAAGGAGGUGUACUGCCAAACAUUCAGGCCCAACUGCUGCCCAAGAAGACCAAGGUACCACGAGAGGCCAACACCAGCAAAGAUGUUCAGUCCCAAGAGUUUUAAAAAUGUAUUGAUGGCACUGUUAUUUUUAAUGUUUUUUAUUUAAUCAAUAAACUUGUAUUAACUUAAA